GAAAACUGAAGACUUUAAUAGCAAACCCUCCAAGGUCAAAAUGAAUACAGAUAGCGGUGGGUGUGCUCGCAAACGUGCUGCCAUGUCUGUUACAUUAACAUCUGUGAAGAGAGUUCAAAGUUCUCCAAACCUAUUGGCUGCAGGGCGUGAUUCUCAGUCACCAGACUCAGCUUGGAGAUCUUACAAUGAUCGAAAUCAAGAGACACUGAACGGAGAUGCUACAUAUUCCUCUCUUGCAGCAAAAGGUUUUAGAAGCGUUCGACCAAAUUUACAAGAAAAAAAAUCACCAACUCAGGCACCCUUUCCACCACCCAGAAAAGAGAGCUUUUGUAGCUCCUUGAUAACCAAUCACACAAAGGGUGACAUUUUAAACCAACUAGUAACUAACACACAAACUCCCUUCUGUACAAAGUACUUUACUAACAGAAAACCUCUUGAGGGAACUAUGUAUUCUAAUGAUGAGUCCAACCAGACAAUUGUAUAUUCUGAAGAAUCUAACACAACGGUAUCAUAUACACAAAAAAUCACUAAUCCACUACCAGCAGCUGCCAGCACUGGUCCCCUACAAAAUGCUGAUAUCAGCACCCCAUUUCUACAAGAGGACUACAUGCAAGAUUCUCAGACUCGAAGGAUUUCUACAUUGAAACUAAUCCAUAACCAGGAUGUAGGAAGUAAUGUCCACUUUAAUACUCCACAGUUUUCCCAAUCUGUGGAAGUAUCAUCAUUCCCCAAAAGGCCUUGCUCACCGCCCCCUAACCCAGUGCCUGAGAUACACACAGCAUCUCUUUCCAUUCAGAUAACUCCCGUUUCAGGACACGAUCCUAAAAGCCACAAACAGCUACCUGAGCUUUCUCCAGAGACUACAAAGAUACCUCUUCAGCAAGAGAGACAAAAAUCUGCAGUUGCUGCGGCCUCUCAGUCCUCAGACUGCCGGGUGAGCCAGAUAACAGUGAAUGGAAACUCUGGAGGCGCUGUGAGUCCAAUGAGUUACUAUCAAAGGCCAUUUUCCCCUUCAGCUUACUCUCUCCCAGGCUCGCUCAAUUCCAGCAUUAUCAUGCAGCAUGGCCGGUCACUUGAUUCCACCGAGGCAUAUCCCCAGCACGCACAGUCUCUGGACGGCACCAUGGGCAGCUCCAUUCCACUGUACAGAUCCUCAGAGGAGGAGAAGCGAGUGACCGUCAUCAAAGCCCCGCACUACCCGGGGAUCGGGCCCGUGGAUGAAUCUGGAAUCCCCACAGCAAUUAGAACGACAGUUGACAGACCAAAGGACUGGUACAAGACAAUGUUUAAGCAGAUUCACAUGGUGCACAAGCCAGAUGAUGACACAGACAUGUAUAAUACUCCUUAUACAUAUAAUGCAGGCCUGUACAACUCACCCUACAGUGCUCAGUCACAUCCUGCUGCAAAGACCCAGACCUACAGACCUCUCUCCAAAAGCCACUCUGACAAUGGCACCGAUGUCUUUAAGGACGCCUCUUCCCCCGUCCCUCCCCCACAUGUUCCUCCUCCAGUCCCACCACUUCGACCAAGAGACCGAUCUUCUACAGAAAAGCAUGACUGGGAUCCUCCAGAUAGAAAAGUGGACACAAGAAAGUUUCGUUCUGAGCCAAGGAGUAUUUUUGAGUAUGAACCUGGGAAGUCAUCGAUUCUGCAGCAUGAAAGACCACCCUCUCUCCCAACAACUCCAACACCUGUUUCAAGGGAACCUGGCCGGAAGCCUCUUUCUGUUUCACCAUAUGGAGAAGUAACUGGUAGCCCCUCCCCUCCGCCCAGGACUGGCCUCCCCCUACCGAGCCCGUGCACCCCAGCUCUUUCUCCCAUCUGGACUGAUCGCAUAAAUCCAGAUGACAUAGAUUUAGAAAAUGAGCCCUGGUAUAAAUUCUUUUCAGAACUGGAGUUUGGACGCCCGCCUCCUAAAAAGGCUCUGGACUAUGUUCAAGAUCAUUCUUCUGGUGUUUCCAAUGAGGCCUCCUUGUAUCAGUCCUCUUUAGACAGAAGCCUGGAAAGACCCACUAGUUCUGCGAGCAUGGCCAGUGACUUUAGGAAAAGGAGGAAGAGCGAGCCUGCAGUGGGGCCGCCCCGGGGCGUGGAUCCCAGUGCGAGCAGGACUAGCCCAGGUGGAGCGGACCUCCCAGGACCAAGCACCACCCUGACAAAGUCUUAUAUCAUCAGUUCCUCUCCUUCUUCCCCCUCAAGAGCAAAAGGUGGGGAUGAUAUAUGUCCAUCCCUUUAUGGUUACUCAGGGCUCAACGGCAACCCCUCCAAUGAGUUAGAUUACUGUAACACUUACAGACAGCAUUUGGAUGUCCCUCGUGACUCCCAGAGGGCCAUUACUUUCAAGAAUGGCUGGCAAAUGGCCCGACAAAAUGCAGAGAUCUGGAGCAGCACUGAAGAAACUGUCUCCCCCAAAAUCAAAUCCCGUAGUUGCGAUGAUCUCCUCAAUGAUGACUGUGAUAGCUUCCCUGACCCAAAAACCAAGUCAGAAAGUAUGGGUUCUCUGUUAUGUGAAGAGGAUUCCAAAGAGAGCUGCCCCAUAACAUGGGCUUCGUCCUACAUCCAGGAGGGUCGCAGUAAUGGCAGAUCAAGGCUCCGGCACAGGUCAGCCCAUGACGCUCCAGGGUUCCUAAAAAUGUACAAGAAAAUGCACCGCAUUAACCGCAAGGAUUUGAUGAAUUCAGAGGUAAUUUGCUCUGUAAAGUCGAGAAUAAUGCAGUAUGAAAAGGAGCAGCAACACAAGGGCCUGCUCCAUGGAUGGAGCCAGUCUUCCACUGAGGAGGUGCCCAGGGACAUGGUCCCGACCCGCAUUUCAGAAUUUGAAAAGUUGAUUCAAAAGUCAAAGUCCAUGCCCAAUUUAGGAGAUGAGAUGUUGUCUCCCAUAACCCUAGAACCUCCACAAAAUGGUUUGUGUCCCAAAAGGCGAUUCUCCAUUGAGUCUUUGCUGGAGGAAGAAAGUCAAAGUAGACACCCUUCUCAUGUACAACGAAGCUACAAACCUAAAACCGUCGUGCCAAUUCAUAUUGAAGUCACCAGUGAUGAGCAACCGAGAACUCAUAUGGAGUUUUCUGAUAGUGACCAAGACGGAGUUGUGUCCGACCACAGUGAUUACAUUCACGUGGAAGGAUCAUCCUUUUGCAGUGAGAGUGAUUUUGAUCACUUUUCUUUCACAUCCUCGGAAAGUUUUUAUGGAUCCAGCCACCAUCACCACCACCAUCACCACCACCAUCACCGGCACCUCAUCAGCUCCUGCAAAGGCAGAUGCCCUGCCUCCUACACUCGAUUUACCACAAUGCUAAAACAUGAAAGAGCCAAACAUGAAAACUCUGAAGAGCCCAGGAGACAGGAAAUGGACCCUGGCCUUUCUAAACUUGCAUUUCUAGUCAGUCCCGUGCCUUUCCGCAGGAAAAAAAAUUCGACCCCCAAAAAACAGACUGAGAAGGCAAAAUGUAAAGCAUCCGUGUUUGAGGCCCUAGACUCUGCCCUUAAAGACAUCUGUGACCAAAUUAAAGCUGAAAAGAGAAGGGGAAGUUUACCAGACAACAGUAUACUGCACCGUCUUAUCAGUGAACUGCUGCCAGAUAUUCCAGAGAGGAACUCAUCACUCAAAGCUCUAAAAAGGAGCCCCAUGCACCAGCCUUUCCACCCACUGCCUCCAGAUGGUGCUAUUCAUUGUCCAUUGUACCAGAACGACUGUGGGAGAAUGCCUCACAGUGCCUCUUUCCCAGAUGUGGACACCGCCUCCAACUACCACCACCAAGACCAUGAGAGUGUGCAGAGUCUCCAAGACCACGAGUCCCCUAGAAGUUACGCAUCCACCAUGAGUGACCUGGGGAGAAGUGUACCUCGGGACAGAAGAGGAACUCCAGAAAAAGAGAAAUUGCCUGCAAAAGCUGUUUAUGAUUUUAAAGCUCAGACAUCUAAGGAGCUGUCAUUCAAGAAAGGAGAUACUGUCUACAUCCUCAGGAAAAUAGAUCAAAAUUGGUAUGAGGGAGAGCACCACGGGAGAGUGGGCAUUUUUCCGAUCUCAUAUGUAGAGAAACUCAUACCUCCUGAAAAAGCACAGCCUGCGAGACCACCUCCCCCAGCCCAGCCUGGAGAAAUCGGAGAAGCUAUGGCCAAAUAUAAUUUCAGUGCUGACACAAAUGUGGAGCUAUCGCUGAGAAAGGGAGAUAGAGUUAUUCUUCUUAAAAGAGUUGAUCAAAACUGGUAUGAAGGUAAAAUUCCAGGAACGAGCAGACAAGGCAUCUUCCCCGUUUCCUACGUAGAAGUCAUCAAGAAGAAUACAACCAAAGGUGCUGAGAAUUACCCUGACCCACCAAUACCCCACAGCUAUUCUAGUGAUAGAAUCCACAGCUUAAGUUCAAAUAAGUUGGCUUUCAGUGAACCAGCCCCCUCUCUCAUGCACAAAGCUUCACCUGGCUCAGAUAAAACAGCCCGGGGGUGGCUAUCCCUGACAGCCAAGUGUCCACCGGCAAAUCCUUUGACCCCCACACCACUUCUUUUUCUGGACAACUUCUUGGAUGAAUUAGAGAAGCUUAGUGCUUUACCCUUACCAGAUGACCAAGCCAAACCAGAUAUCCUAGAGGACAUCGUCCUUGAGAUUAAGGAGGAGCCCUCGGUGCUCCUCCCAUUGCCCCCAGCUGCUGUGCCUGCCAAAUCAGCAUCCUCUCUGCCUCCUUUCCCCUGCUCUGGGGGGACCCCAGCUACAGUCCUGCCUUCGGAGGCAAUAGCAUCUCAGGAUCCACAAAAGACAGCUCGAAACAAGUUUGCGGAUUUGACAAAAAUGAGAAAGGGCUUUGGAGACCCUGAAAAGUUACCCCAACUCCCAGGUGAUAAGUGUGUGGCCUCUGCACACACUCAUAUGGGCCCCUGGUCCAAAAGUCUCCCUGUCAUUGGAGAGGAAGAGGACAUCUGCGAGGGGGUGAUGUCAGGCAUCCGGAGAGGGCCAGAAUCUCAAGACCCAGAUGCUCUCUGGCCUGCCUGCGACGGCACAGAAGCAACCCCAAGUCUGCACAUUGAGGAGGACGAAGAGGAGAAGAAACCCACAAAAUCCCCAGUAGCCACCCCCACAGAUCCUAGGACCCCCAAGGAAGACAGCAAGGCAGUGAAAACCCAUCAUGAGCCACCUUCACCUUCUCCGGGAGAUGGACCGUCUACACCUUUUCCCAGCUCUCUCCUUCCUUCCCUUCCUUUUCAUUCUCCCUCGGCCUCUAUCUCUGACCUGGCCUGGACCCUUUCUCAGACUCCCCAGCCCUACUCGCCUCCCCUCCUCCCUAAGUACCCUUACCAACAGGAGAGAAAUUCACCAAAACUAAAGGCUGACCUAAAAAGCGAGGUAUUUGUGUUGGGUAAGCCUCCGCGUAGCCCAGUGCUGUGUAGGAGAUCCUGCGGCUCGCCGGGCCGAGGCCUCAGCGCUUCCCACAGGCCACAGCGUCCUGUGUUCACUCAUGAAAACAUUCAAGGUGGGGGGGAACCGUUUCAGGCUCUGUAUAACUAUACUCCUAGGAAUGAAGAUGAGCUGGAGCUCAGAGAAAGUGAUGUCAUUGAUGUGAUGGAGAAGUGUGACGAUGGAUGGUUUGUGGGAACGUCAAGAAGAACCAAAUUCUUUGGUACUUUUCCCGGUAACUAUGUCAAGAGGCUGUGAAUCACUCUCCCUCCUUUUUCUGCCGCCUUUCAGCACCACAUCUGCAUAACCCUGCCUGAAAGCUCCCCUGGGGCCUCCCUCCCAGGCCCGUCCUGCCUUCCAGUUUCCAGCAGAAGUCCCCCACCGUCACCAUCUCUACCUGCCGCCGAGCCACCAGCAAAAGGACCACCAGCUGCUGAGUCCUGGGAGGCUGGCAGACUUGCUUCUGCGUGAAAGGGCAUCAUCCCAAUUUCUGCUCUAAACUUUGGAAAGUCAAUAUGCGAGAUCAGAAAGAAAAAUCAUUAUCAUUAGAAAGGGUUAAGUAUUUGAGGCAAAUUUUUAAAAAAAAAGGGAAUGUCUCAAGGAUCUUUCUAGUCCACUUUGAAAGAAGUCCUCCCCUCAGGCAACCAGAGAUUGUUUAUCACUACAUGCUGUGAUUUGCAUUUUCACUUUCUUAGCUUGGCAGUAUAUUUUCCUUUCACGAGUUUGCCUAGUGUCCUGGUUUACACGACAUGAAAACUGUACUUCGGCUAUAUCGUUUGCCUGCACUUAUAUAUUGUAAUACGCACAGUGAUUACAAAAUCUAAAGCAAGAGUAGGAAAGGUAAUUCGGAUGAGUGUGAUUUUGUUGAUUGAAUGUGAGUUCUCAAAUAGGAGCCUUUUCCUGCCGUUUUUUUUUUCCUCUGUACUUUUUAGAAGUGCAAACCGUAAGUGAAUAAGAGCCUUUGGUAAUAAUCAUGAGAAUUUAAGAAGUUUAGCUAGGCUACAAAAAAACAAAACAAAACAAAAAACCUAUUGUGUUGUAAAGUUGCAUUGCUAUUUUAUAUUAAAAUGUAAUAAUCAGCAUCAUGAACAAUGAGCCCUUAGUGUUUUAUUUAUCUGGUAAAAUUUUAAUGAAAGCAGUGUUAGUGAGAGGUGCAAAGAAUUAUUCUAACGUAGACACUUGAAAGUAUCUGUAAGCAAUAUUCAUAGGUAAUCUUUCACUGUGUGCACGCAUAUACAUGUGAGAUUGUAUGAGAACAGACAAUCCAUAUGGUGUGUUGUACGUUUUAUGGAGAUGGAAAGGAAUCCCACACAUUAUUUUCUAGAAAUAGAGUACUUCAGAUGCAUCACAAGCAGUAGGGCUGGUUUUAGCAAGGAUUAUGAUCAAUACAAUUAUUUUUACUAUGAUAGUUAUUUUUCUUCUAUGGAACUCAGAAUCCUGGCUACGUUUGAGGACAGGAAUAUGUUGAGCCUGAUUUUCCUGGUGUGUGUGAAAUAUUUCCUCGGAAUACAUGAGGCACUCUUUAGAAGUAAUGUUAAAUCAUUCAGGUUAUAUUUUCCGCCCUGAAGUAGGAAUUUACAAAAUGGCUUUGGGACCUGAAAGAUUUAAUGUCGCUACCAGUGCCUGAAUUACACAUACCUUGAGAACUAGCUUUGUAUUUCUUAUGACUUUGCAUAAGAACUAUUCAUAUUUGGAUCUUGAGCACCUUAUAGAUAAAACUUUUUAUGGCAUUUCUUCUGUGGACAGUGAUUGAUCUUUUCACAAUGUACGUAGACUCUAGAAUUUUGUACAUAUGUUUGCUUUUUUUUUGUACAGACUAUUUAGUUGUCGAGAAAAUGGGAAUUUCCUAAUUUGGUCUCUAUCUUUCACUUUAAACUAAGCUAACACACUUUUCAACAGAUUAUCCGUUACCUAUCUCACAGAUCACAAGCACGCCUUGAUUGUGUGAUUCUAUAAGAGCAUUUAUGCAAAAAUUUAUGAAUUUAAAAGAUCUUAGCAGCCAAACUGAAAUGUACUGAUUACAGAGGAGUUUCAUUAGUAAGAAGGUAAAGAAACAUCUUUGAGUAGCCUACCUUGAUAACUGUCAAGUUCACAACCAGCUUUAUAUUUUAAAGGCUUUGGAUUUGAAAUUAAGUCAACUGCAUGCAGCUUUGCUGAUAAAUGAAUAAUUAUCUUUGAUGCCAUUUAUGAGAAAAGAUUUCAAUAUCUGUUGCCUGUCAUAUUUAAGAAAAAUUACUGUUUCUACUCUCUGUAUCUGAUUUUAAAAGGAAAAAUAUUCAUACCUGGCUUUCAGGUCAUCGACUUUGAAUUCUUACAAGCGAAGGUCAUUGUGUUUUUCUUGAAUAGACAUCUAAUAAAUUUUGCUUGGAAGUAUA